CAGCAGGACCAGCACCCCUCUUCCGUUCGCCGAGACGGAUGUCCUUUCCUUUGUUGCCGGGCUCUUAAAUAACGAGAGUCGCGACACAAGUGACAGCGGGGUUUCGCUUUCGUAGUCGCCAUUCUUUCUGUGCUUCAACUCAAAGAAAUUUCCUUCAGCCUCGUCCUCCUGGCUCCGACCGUUCAGAUCGGCCGUGUUCUAUCUUCCCAUCUGGCGUAUGAAAACAAUAGCAAGAAGAUGGGGAUUGCACGAGGAACUGAAGCCGGCUGUUCGGCCUAGGCAAUAUACUAUCAUAUUGUUUAAAAAUUUAAGCUUCUGCGAAUUGAGCUAGCGGGCAUACAACAGUUUCGAAGUGCUUUCACUUUAUGUUAUUCAAUGGGUAGCUGGAAGACUGGGUAUGACAAAGUGACGAAGCGGAGUAAGAGUUCAGAUUUUUUUCUCUAGGAAAUUAAAGUUGAAAUUCCCCAGGGAGGGAGCAUUGGUGGAUGAAUUAUUUCCCGAGGAGCAGAUGGCACCAAUUUAUUUCGUCAUUGUUGCUUUCCCUUGUAUGGCUGGAGCCAUUGCUUUGGCAAUAUUUCAUAUAUACAGACAUCUUCUGAAUUAUACCGAGCCUACUUAUCAGCGAUACAUAGUUCGCAUAAUUUUCAUGGUUCCGAAAAGCGGUGAGAUACUACCAAGACAAUUGGACCCAAAACAUAUCAUGGGAUGCAUAUGUCUCUCAUUUAGAGGAGCGGCUACGACAUCUGCAGUGGUUUAUGCUCUAAUGUCUUUCCUGUCCCUUGUCUUAAAUGAGAGCUCAAUCUAUUUUAAUUCCAUCCGGGAAGUGUAUGAAGCUUGGGUCAUUUAUAAUUUUCUGUCUCUAUGCCUGGCAUGGGUGGGUGGCCCAGGCGCUGUUGUGCUAAGUUUAAGUGGUCGAGUCCUGAAGCCAUCAUGGUAUCUCAUGACAUGUUGCUUCCCUGCUAUACCAUUGGAUGGGCGUUUCAUACGGAGGUGCAAGCAAGGUUGUUUACAGUUUGUGAUUCUGAAGCCCAUCUUAGUCGCAGUUACAUUUAUAUUCUAUGCCAAAGGAAAAUAUGAAGAUGGAAAUUUCAGCGCGAAACAAGCUUAUCUAUAUGUCACCAUUAUUUAUACAAUCUCAUACACAACAGCGCUUUAUGCCUUGGCAUUAUUCUACGUGGCAUGCAGAGAUCUGCUUCGGCCAUUCCAUCCAGUUCCAAAGUUUAUCAUGAUCAAGUCUGUUGUUUUCCUAACAUAUUGGCAGAUCAAUCUACAUCCUCUGUCCUUGAGGAAUUUAACCACCUUUAUUUGGAAUCAAUCUCAUUCUCCCCCCUCCACCCUCCCUCCAACCCAAAAGGGUGUGCUUGUUUUUCUUGCAGCAAAGUCCAGCUUCAUAAAGAAUGCUGAAGAAGCUGCUGAGCUUCAAAAUUUUAUAAUAUGUGUCGAGAUGCUUAUUGCAGCUGUUGGUCAUCUUUAUGCAUUUCCGCACAAAGAGUAUGCUGGUGCAAACAUUGGGGCUUCUGGUGGUUUGACAGGAAGCCUUGCACAUGCUCUGAAGUUCAAUGACUUCUACCAUGAUGCGGUACAUCAGUUUGCCCCUACUUAUCAUGACUAUGUACUUUACAACCAUACUGAGGGUGACGAGGGAACGAGGAAAUACCGAUCUCGCACUUUUGUGCCAACAGGUCAGGAGAUGGACACUGUGAGAAGAAAUAAACACAUGCUCAUGAACAGGAUUGAUGAUAUACAGCUAUCUAGUGUCUCUUCUUCUGGCAACAGCACUCCAAAGAAUCCUGGAGCGGUGCAGGAUUCCUCAGACCCCGAGGCUAUGAAAUCUUCCUUACUUAUGGAUGGCUCUAAUGCUUUUGCUCGGACAUAUGACCUCUCACUUAUAGACAUGGACUUGUCCAGCUACUCUUCAAAGGUCCCUGCAGCCAAUGACUUUGGUACCAGGUGACGGCACAAAACUUUCAGCAGAAAUAUUUGUCGUCUCUGGGUGUUUUUCUAUUUCGGGUUGCCACAGCUUGUAUUACUAGGCUCUCCCAUGUAUGCUUAUAACCUUCCAGUUUAGGUGUGUUGAAUCCCUCGUAGUUUAGUCUUCCCCUGCAUUGUUUUCAUUUUUACAUGGGGAUUUGCUGAUAUGGAUGUUAGUCUUGUACAUGUAAUCAUUACAGGUUUGUUAAUCAUUAGUUCUGUCCAACUUUUAUGCA